UGGUAACACCACGGAUAGAAAUACAAUGAUUCAAAAAAAAUAUGAACAAUUUGUUGAGCAAUAAUUUAAUAGCGUUUCAUAUUUUAUGUGUUUGGUAGUAAUAGUUUUUGGAGAAAUAUGAAAAGUAUCCGAGGGUUGUCGCUGCUCGCAGCCAUAGUCAUAGAGGCAACAGGUAUAGUAAAUAGUUGAGAAAGUAUCUGCUCAAGUGGCAUAACGACUGGGUCUAAAUUUUCAUCAGUUUGGCGGGCUGGAAUCUUAUUGAAAGCAUGAAUAGGCGCUACAUCCUAUAAGUAAAAUUUAAUUUGUACUAGUUAUAUGGAGCCGCAGUUGUGCAAGCACAUUUUAUAUAUGGAAAGGUGGAGGAUUCAAAGUAGCAAAAGAGCCAGUCUGCAGGGAAGUUGGUGUAGGAAUUUAUCCAUCGGAAUUCUGCGAUCAAUACUACCGAUGCUCUAAGACACUGUUCUGGUACAGUGUCAGCUUAGAUUCAUGCCCUCAGGGACAAGUUUUCAAGAAAGAAGCUCAUAGAUGUGUUAUCGGGGAAUGCUGGCAAAAGUUAGGUAUGAUAAGCACACAAUAGUUCAUUAUGUGUCAUUAACCGGUUGGGAAGUUAUGGGUAAUCACGAUAUAAUGUUGCUUUGUUACCUAAAUACACACGUGUAUGCUAAGCUGUGAGUUCUACCCAUACAUCGCUGAAUAAAAUGACCAAAUAUACCACUAACAAAAUGCCAAUGACCCCGCCUGUGUGCUCCCAGACAGGUCCAGGAUAUUAUGCUGCUCGAAAAUGUAAACAAUACUACCAGUGCACUAGGAUUUUGUAUUGGAAUAACAUGUAUUUGAAGACCUGCCCAGAUGAAGAAAUUUAUGACCAGAAACAACAGAAAUGUGUUACAGGUGGACCUUGCAUAGAUGGCAGAUUAAACUAA